UAAGGACUGGAGCUGCCCAUCUGCAACUCCUGAUCCCACUGUGGCCCCACUCACUCUUAUCACCAGGACCACCUUGGGCUGAACAAUGACUCAGGAGGGCAUGAGCCAUCCCUUGCAGUCCUGCAGGCAAGAGGAGUCCCAAUCUUUUGCUGCAAGACAUCAUCUCCCAUCUCUAAUCUUGGUUUGCAGCUCUCUGCCUGGCCUGGAUCAAUGCUGCCACCUGCUUCUCCUGCGCAGGCACUGCUGCAGAGCCCUCCUGGCACUGCAUCGCUCUUUUUGGAGCCUCCACCUCUGAUUGUCACUGCUGCCGAGAUGCCACCUCAGCAAGGUUUGUUCUCCUGCAUGUUGUUCCCCAGGAUGCAUCUUUAAAAUAAAGACAAGAAAGCAGCACCCCAGCCAGGAGGGAGCAGGCAAUGCCCAAGUGGGGGGCUUGCUGCUUGCUGCAGCAAUUUCAGUGCCAUCCUUGGGGUCAGCCCCAUGCUGAGCUCACAGCCUCACACCAUGUGUGCAGCAGCAAGCAGCCCGUGCUCCCUGGGAGAACGCUGCACACAGGAGCUGCAUCUUCCUGCUGCCUUCCUGCUGCCCACAUCACAGCCCCACUUUCCCUCCUGGCUGAUCGUGUUCCACAUACACCCAGAGCUGUGCCAGCAUCGAUAAGAAGACAGCCCCAAACCAGGGCUCACAGGGCUGCCCAGCACAGUGCAUGGAUGUUUUGGUGUUGCCCAAGGCAAACUCUGCAGCUCAGACAACAUCACAAGCAUCAGAAGAGCCUGGCACAGAGAGCAUUAUGAAACGAUUUGAGCUCUGAGCACAUUUCACACACGGCCGUGUUUCUGAGUGUCCUGUGAGCUAUUUCAGGAGUUGAUGACAGCGCAGCUCAGAUUUCCUGCGCAGCCUUGCAGCUGUCUGCAGGUCCUACUGCAGCAUCACGUGUUGUGCAGCAGCAGGCAGCAGAUAGGAUCUGGCACAGAGUGCUGCUCUCGGGCUGGAGCUGCUGCAGGAACCCUCGGAGAGGACACCGCUGAGCCUGUGUGCGAUGUAGGCUGUGAAAAGGUGGGUCAUCUCCCCCGGUGAAGAUCUGUACGAGCCCAGCUGCAACUCUUGUUCAUCCCUGCCAAAAACGCACAUUUAAUGGUGAUGACUACGUUGAAAAAUAGUAUUUUGGAGCUGAGAAUCUGCUCUAUCAGUCUCUUUGUCGCUGUUGUAAUUUCCACGGAAAUAAACAGGCGGCAUUACAGUCAGAGCGACCGACGUAUUUCUGCGUUGAUCUCUGCCCAGUUGCUGUGGCACAUUCCCGCUCCGCACCGCCGACCGCAAAGCUCCGCACCGCAUUCUGCCGGCUGUGACGGAAGCAGCCGGGAAGCAGGAGGUGCUCAGAGCGCGGGGCUGCGGAGCCACGCUCUCAGAACCCCCGCAGCGGCUCGGGGGGCGGUGGAGCGGAUCCUCGGAGCUGGAUGCACCGCCCCGCGGGGCCGAACCGGGGAGGAGCCGCUCCGCACGGGGCGCGCAGAGGCGCGGAGAUUCACGCAGCACCAUGCGGGACUACGAGGAGCUGACUGCCUUCCUGGGCGAGUGGGGCCGCUUCCAGCGCCUCGUCUUCUUUCUGCUCAGCGCCAGCAUCAUCCCCAACGGCUUCAACGGGAUGUCGGCCGUGUUUCUGGCCGGUAUCCCCGAGCACCGCUGCGCUGUGCCGCCCGGAGCCAACCUGAGCGACGAGUGGAGGAACGCCAGCAUCCCGCUGGAGCUGCGCGGCGGAGUGACGGAGCCGAGCCGCUGCCGCCGCUACCGCCUGGACGCGCUCGUCAACCUGUCGGCGCUGGGGCUGCGGCCCGGCAUCGACGUGCAGCUGGAGGAGCUGGAGCAGGAGCCGUGCCUGGACGGCUGGGAGUACAGCCGCGACGUGUACCGCUCCACCAUCGUCACCGAGUGGAACCUGGUGUGUGAGGACGACUGGAAAGUGCCACUGACCACAUCCCUGUUCUUCGUGGGUGUCCUCAUCGGCUCCUUCAUCUCGGGGCAGCUCUCAGACAGGUUCGGCAGGAAAAGCAUCCUCUUCUUGACCAUGGCUGUGCAGACCGGCUUCAGCUUCCUGCAGAUCUUCUCCAACAGCUGGGAGAUGUUCACAGUGCUCUUCCUCAUAGUGGGCAUGGGACAGAUCUCUAACUAUGUGGUGGCCUUCAUACUGGGAACAGAAAUUCUUGGCAAAUCAGUUCGUAUUAUAUUCUCUACGUUAGGAGUUUGCAUAUUUUUUGCAAUUGGCUACAUGUUGCUGCCCCUGUUUGCUUACUUCAUCAGAGACUGGCGGAUGCUGCUGCUGGCUCUCACCCUCCCCGGGCUGCUCUGCGUUCCGCUCUGGUGGAUCAUUCCUGAGUCCCCUCGCUGGCUGAUCUCCCAGGGAAGAUAUAAAGAGGCAGAAGUUAUUAUCCGAAAGGCUGCAAAAAUAAACAACACCCCAGCCCCAGCCGUGCUUUUUGAUGCCACAGAGAUGCAGGAUUCGAAGCCUCAGCAGCAGCAGAAGGCUAUCCUUCUGGACCUAUUUCGAACCCGAAACAUUGCAACUAUUACUAUUAUGUCAUUACUUUUGUGGUUUUUCACCUCCGUUGGUUACUUUGGCCUUUCCCUCAGCACUCCAAACCUGCAUGGCGAUGCCUACAUCAACUGCUUCCUUUCAGCAGUCAUUGAAGUCCCAGCAUACAUCAUUGCCUGGCUGCUCCUGCGCUCCCUGCCUCGCCGCUACUCCAUAUCCAGCACCUUGGUUUUGGGAGGAGGUGUUGUCCUCUUCAUUAAGCUGGUUCCUACAGAUCUCAAUGUCCUAUCCGUUUGCUUGGUGAUGCUUGGAAAGUUUGGCAUCACAGCUGCAUUUUCAAUGCUUUAUGUCUACAAUGUGGAGUUGUACCCAACGCUGGUCAGAAACAUGGCAGUCGGGGCUACGUCCACAGCUUCCAGGCUGGGCAGCAUCAUUGCUCCCUACUUUGUUUACCUGGGUGCCUAUGACAGAUACCUACCAUAUAUCCUCAUGGGAAGCCUGACUGUGCUGAUAGGGAUCCUUACCCUGUUUCUUCCUGAGAGCUAUGGCAGUGCUCUGCCUGAGAGCUUUGAACAAAUGCUGAAGGUGAAGUGUUUCAGGAAUGGGCAACAAACCACUGGCACUAGGAAUUCAAAGGAGAGUCCUAAAACUCUCACAACACCAUUUUGAAGAAGGAUGCACACACUCAGAGGGGCUGGAAGAACAAGACUUCAAAAUGCAUUUUCUGCCACAGGAAAAUGAACAAAAACCCAACAGCCAAUGCUAUGGCACUGUAGUUAUUGUCCCUUGUGCUACUGUACCCAUGUACCUAAUUUCUGAACAGAUGCUGUCUGCUCCCAUAGGGCUCUUAGUUUGUAAUUCAGUGUUCUGAUUCCUGGAGUGUGUCAGCAGGUCCAGCUCCUGUUGAGAAACAAGGGUCUGCAUGUGCUAAACUUGAGGAGUAGUAAUACAGUGCACUCAGUCAUGUACUCCAUGAAAGCUGCUAAGAGAAAAGAAAGAAGGCAGCAGUGGUGAUGGUGGUGGUUUUCUCACUGUGCAUAUUGACUGGAGGAAGGGAAGCUGGGUGUGCCUUUGAACAUCUCACACAUCUCUGAAGGAAAGAUCCCAGCCUCAUUUGAAAUCUGUAACCAAGGCCUGGGAUCCACUUCUGAUCCACGUGUCCCUAUAGAAGCUGAUGCUUUUUCAUCAGGCCUGAGCCUGCUGAAGCCUCUGGGCUUCGUCAGUGUUAAGGUGUAAGGACUGAGCAGGGCUCUAGCUUGCUGAUUCCUUUAGAUGGGCCAUGCCCACCUUCAAAAGAAACAGGCUUUAUCGACUAAGUGGUCCUGUUCAAACAUGCUCUGCAUUUUCAGCUUUUGUGUUUCUCAUAGUACACUGACAUAAGCAACUUCUGUAUCUUUUUGUGGUUCUUUUUCAAAGCAUUUCAUUUCUCCUCUGAAUAUAUGCUACAUUAUGCUGUACCUUCAGAGAAAACUCAACUCAGUUUUGCAAGCCUUUACAGAAACCUUUGUGCCAUUUACAAAUUUAAAGGAGGUUUGAUGCUUGCAAAAAUCAGAUGUUCUGUGCAAGAGAUUGUAAUGUGCAGCUAUUAAGAACUGAAAAGGGCUCACUGGGGACCAUACUUUUUUAUUAUUUUCUUUUUUCUUUUUUUAUCCAAAGCAAAAAUAGUGCUGACAAAGCCAGUAUUUUGUUUUUCAAGACCUAUAGCUUAUGUGUGUGGUUUCUUUUUAAAGUUCAGCAAAGCCAGAUGAGACGAAAUGUUGAAUGUAGUAGAGCUUAGAUUUGUGCUACUACUGUUUUACAAGCACUGCAUAGGUGGAGAAAAAGUUUAAUGCCUUUUACUGCUCUGUUUAAUGGUUGUGUUUGGACUUCUUGGCCGCAUGAAGUCUCUCAGGCUGGGUAGGCAGAUUUUUACCUUCUCUGAAAACCAUUUAGUGGUGAUUCACAUUCCGUUAAGGCCAACAAAAGCACGCGGUCUCCUCUCUUAAUGUGAGAGUUCAUGGCAAUUUGUCUCAUGUUGGCGUUUUGCAGCAAGUGAGAUCUCCCUGUAAGUUCAAGCACAACUAUAAAGGUUUAUAACAUUUAAAUGCAAGGAACUCGUGCAAUCAUCUCAAGCUGCUCUUUGGGACGUAGCAAUACUACUUCCUUUAACAUUAAUUCUCUGCAGUCACGCUUUUUGCCAUAAAAGUCAUGUGCCAUAAGGCUAACCCAUGUCCUCAUCCCUUCUCAAACUGGAAUUUCCUCAAUGACAGCAGUAUUUAAUUCUUCAUUUUACUUGUUGCAAAGUUGAUCUAUCCAAUAACUGUUUAGGCAUAACUAGAUUUCUGAACAAAACCUUCCUGUUGGCGUAGGACAGGUCUGAGGACUUGGAUAAAUGUAGGUGGCCUGUAUUUUUAUGAAGAUUUUUAUAUUAAGUUCAUAAUUAUUUUAUGUGAUUGUAGGCUUAAGUAUUUCUGAAAGGUAAAUAUUUUUAUAUUCUUGAACUUUUUAGUAUCUUAAAACUAGAUUCCAUUUUUUAAAUAAGGAAGGGGGGUUGUGGUUUUUUUACAUGCUUUGUUUUAAUUGGUCUUAUUUUUCUUGCUUUUACCAUUGAUCAAAAGCUAGUGUCAUAUUUUAGUAUUUUUAAUAGCAAAUAAAAAAAAAAAAAAACAAGAGUGGAAUGCAUUAUUGACAAGAAUGUGAUGUUGUUAUAUGGACUCAGUGUGUGUGAGCACAGUCAGAAUGAGAAAAUGAGAUUGCUUCAGCUGAUGAAGCACUUGUGAGGAGGAUUUCUGUCCUCUGACCAUAGCUUUCCCAGGCCAGAACAGGGAUUUCUGAAGGAACUCAAAGAGCAGCAGCCUGCUGAAGAAUCAUAGAGGGAUGAAUCUGGAGGGCAGGAGUGCCAGAUUCUGGCAAGUUACUGAGUUUUUAACUGUAAAGCUGAAGAAAACAGAAUCGGCUUAGUAACUUGACAGAAAAUAAAGGCAUUUCUGAUGAGGAACCCAAGCCUUUCACUGCAGUCUUCAGUGAGCUGUGUGUGUCAGAUGCACGGUGGGCUCACUGUGGGACCUGUGUGCUCACCUCAGCUGGGAGACGCACACACAGCUCUGACCAGAGGAUGGGAGGGAAGCACAACUGGAUGCUCCCACCGAUUGCACUGGGCCUCAGCUCUCUCCUCUGUCACAUUUACCUGGGUCUCUCUGUGUAACUUCUUAUUGUUGGUAAGAUCUGACACUGGUUUGUUGGAUACCUUAAAGAACACAUAAACACAUAGUUGUUGUCACCUGGGAACUCCUGUCUUUAUUGGAAUAAAAAAUACGCUAGCAUUGUGUAACCUACUUUCUGUGUGUUUUGUAGUUGAAAUAUAGUCUCCUAAAUUUAAUACUUUAUUUAUAAAGAUGCUUAAAUAAGUAAUUAGAAAUGAACUUAGUGUGCAUAAGUUAUGAAAAUAAAAACUCAAAAUAAACUCUUCCACGCAAGAAGCUGCUCUCCCCAGUUCCCUGUGAGCAACCUGGACUUGACCGUAGCAGCAUUUCAGCCUUGCACCAUCAUCAGGCAUUGACCAUGACGCUGUUUUGGUCUUGCACCAUGCACCUGGCUCUGACCAUGGCAACAUUUCAGCUUCGCACCUUUGACCUGGCCUUGGCUAUGGUGAUAUUUUGGAUUCGCACUGUGAACCUGGCCUUGAAUAUAGUGUCAUUUUGGCUUGCUGGAAAGAAGCAAUCCCAGCUGUCAGGCCAUUGCCCAGAGGCAAAUUUGAGGCCUCCCUCCAUUGCCUGCUGCCUGCAGCACACCAGGGGCUCAUCCCUCGUUCAUCCCUUGCUGCCAGCCUUAGGCUGAGCAGAGCAGGAGCCAGAAUCCUGGAACUGCAGGGGUUGGAAUGGACCUCUGGAGAUCGUUUAGUCCCAACUCCCUGCUAAAACAGGCUCCCUACAGCAGCUGCACAGGAAAGCAUCCAGGCGUGUUUGGAUACAUCCAGAGGAGGAGAUGUCCCCACCUCUCUGAGCGCUCUGUGCCAGGGCUGUGCCACCCUCAAAAUUCUUUCUCAUGUUCAGAUGGAACUUUCAAUCGCUGCUCUUCUGCAUCCCUGCAGCUCCAAGAGGCGUUUAUAUGUUGAAUUAGUCCUCAGCAAUCUAUCCAGAUAGCAGUUAUCAUCUGACUGUUCGGUCCAUGAUGGUAACCAGCGGGGAUCUUCCCGUCCUUUUCGACCAUCGAGCCCUUUUCCACCCUAUUUUCUCCCUCUGCUCCCUCGGGAGUGGGGAGUGAGCUGUGCUGCAGUUGAGCUGCGCGUGGGGGCAGAACCAGCACGGGAACGCAGCUGUGUACCAUUCAGUAGGUGUACCUGCAGCUCUCUAUCUAUUAUCACAGCGCUUAGGACUGGAAUCACGCAGGCAGCAGCGCGGUCCCAUCCCG